AUGAUGCUUAUUCCAUUAAAAAUUAAAAAAACAUUAAUUUUGUUAACAAAUUAGAAAGAAAAUUUGGUCUAGGACAUUUUUGAAUGUGACUUUCUUGAGUAUAAUAUUUAGAAAUAUCAAUAGCAUAACACCAAAUGAUGGUAAUUUUUGUAUAACUAAGGCUCAAAACAAAUAAUAGAUUUAGUAUUUCUCUUCAUCUAGGCUUAAUAAAUUCAUGUGUAAAAUUUGCAUUUCUAAAAUAAAAAAUAAUUAAAGUGUUAUAAAAAUCAGUUGUUAACAUAUAUUUCAUGAAUAAUGUUUCAAAAAAUAUGCUAUGAGUUUUAUGAAAUAAUAAUCUUUUAUAUUAACUUGUAAAAUAUGUAAUGAAGGUGUAGAUGUUGAUAAAUAAGAACUAUAUUUAAUUAAAGAGGUAAAAAGCAAAGUUUAAUAUAAAAAUUGA